UUGAUGACUGCUAAUGUUUUUUUAAUUUGAAUUAGCAUGAUAAUUGAUGAUGAUAUUUGAUUGUUGAUCAUGAUAAUUGUAAUUAAUUGAUUGAAUAUGAGAAUUAGAUAUGGUUUGUGUUGAUAAUUGUCGAUGUUGUUCUUGAAUUCAAAAUUAGCACAUAACAUGUUUGAUUGAAUGAGUGUGAGAGUUGUCUUGAUCAUAAUUGGUAGUAUAUUGAGUGGUGCUAUUGUAGUUGCUAAUUAAUGAUGCUAAAUCAUGGUUUUAUGUUGAUUUUGUGACUUUAUAAUAUCAUUUCAAUAUGUGAAUUGUUGAUGGAAGUUUAUAGUGUCUUGAUGUGGAUUUAGAACCUCAAAAAAAGUCAUAAAAAUAUGGUUAUAUGAACACAUAGUUGUUGGAAAUUUUUGGUGAUGUUUUGGUGUUGAUUUGUUGAUUUUUCUAGUGCCAUUUCAAUGUUAUAAUUUAGCUGGGAAUUUAAUGGAGUUUUCAUGUUGUUUUGACACUUUGAAAAUGCAUAAAAACAUAUUGACAUAAGUGCUUAAGUGCUGGAAAAUUCGGCUACUAAUUGGUGAUGUUUUAGCAUGAAAAUUGAUGAGAAUGGUGUGAUUAAAAGUGUGAAAUGCUGGAAAUUUUACCUGUGCCAUGAACAUGUGAAUUUUUGAAUGUUGGAAUUGGUUUGUUGAUUGAUAACACUUGUGUAAAUUGUUGGAAACUCUUUGUUGUUAAUAAUGUUGCAUAAACGUGGUGUUGGCGGAUUGUUGUGCUCACUACUUGCCUAUUGAUAGAUGUUGGAAUUAUGUUGGUGAUAAAGGCUUGAAAUUCGUUUCAUGAAGGCUCAAUUUUUGGUUGUUGCUAAUUUUGUAAAUGGUAUUUGAAAUUACUUUGUAAAAAGUGAAUUGGUGUGGAUUAUACUUGUUUGUUUGCCACUUGAAAACUAUGUUUGUAUGCUUAAACUUUAAUCACACAUAUGUACUAUCUCUUGCUAAAUGCCUUGAUCCAUUCUCUUGUGUUCAUGUAUGUUUCAAAUGACUUUGUGGGACUGUUUUCAUGCACUUUUACUUUUGGUGCAGCAAGUUUGUGGUUCAAAUACACUACACUUCCCAUCGAUAAAUUUAAAAAAAAACAUAGUAUUUUUUAUGCAUUUGUAACAAAACUUGUUGGCAUUGCUUGUGGAUUGUUUCUAAGUGAUAAAAUGUUGUUUCCAUGUGCCUUCAAUUGAUUCUGAGUUGCUGCAUUUUUCUAUUUUAUGUUUUCAUCGUGUUUUGCUCGGUUUUGACAUUUACACGCGUCAUGUCGGCUUUGUUUCAAUUUGUCAUAUCUUUUGAUCUAUGAUGAAUUUUUGAGCAUGCGAAAAAUGUUUUCCAUAUGAAUUAAUAUUUUCAGAGCUGAUGGUGCAGUUUAUUUUCGGUUUCGACCGAUUUCUUUUACCGUUUUUGCUACUGCCCCUAUUCCGAAAGUCACAUUUCUGGGCCGAUUUUGUAAAUUCUGAUUGCAUAUUUGAUUUCUUUAGCACAUUUAUAGCUUACCAUGAAGUUUUGGCUUAAUUCCGACAAAGUUGGUUCUUACCGUUUUUACCCGGUCUCGCCGUUUCGGUGUACCGUUUUGCUUGUAAAUAUUUGUUUUGGCUUCCGUAAUUUUAGUGUACAUAUUUGAUAGGCUUUUGAUUGCUAUUCCAUGUUACAAUUUCAUUUUUGCUUAACUCAUGCUUAAAAAGUAUAUUAAAUACCGUAUUUUCGCUUUAAACGUGUGUAUUUUUGUCUUUGUCUGCAUUCCGCACUCUUGCAUUCAUUUGUUACAUAUUUUUGACACAUUUUGUACAUACUUCCUUAUGUGUAUAGCUGUUUCCCUGUCAACUUUUUAUUCGCCUCUUACCGCGUUUAUAUUUUCUACUCCAUAUUUCAUUUUCGGUUUAGUUUAUAAUACAAUAACGCAAUUCUGAUUGCAGUGUCUUGUUAUCUUUAACGUGUGUGCUAAUAUGCAAGGUAACGUGGAGGCUCUGGUCAAUAACUACUCUUGUGUUCCGCUUUAUUUGCGGGACACGACAUUUAUCCUCUCUCUAAUUCGCGUUUCUACACGCAUCCUUUAUCAUUAUACUUGCUUGUCCGGAUUUCUGUUUCCCUUGCAGGUGUAUGGUAUUUGUUAUGCUCGAUACACACGUUUGUGUGUGAUUUACUUCCAUCACACAGACUCUUGAUUGCUUACGCGGAUUUUAAUCGGAGUGCUGACAUGUUUGUUGUUGCUUUUGCUAGCUCGCUCACGGGAUCUCUUGUUUUCUUUUGUUAUUUGCUGCUGUUUACGGAUCAUAAUCUGUUUGGAAGUCCUAACAAAGGCCAUUGUAAGUCCUCGAGAAGGCAAGCGGAGAGGGUUAGCAAUCAACCCCCGCAACUUUCAGUCCCCAGAUCGUCCCUAUGCUCACUUUUUUCAAGUUCAGAGCUCUGGACAAGUCCCCAAGUUCGUCGAGUCGAAGGCCCAAUGGGUAAAGUGAAGCGGGUUCAUGCAAUCGAACCCCCACGUUUCUUAGCUCACGUUGACCGACGUUGAUGCUCGGUGUACGCACGCACCAAUUUGCUUCUGCUCCUCUUUGCCCCGGUAACACAAUGCCGCGGUUAAAGAUUCACAGCUCCUUGGUCUAAUGCUUGGUUGACUCGGGUGAUACGCUCCCCUUGGCUAUGGCGGGACCGUUUUUCUAUUACUUGGCUUGCGACAGUAGGUGUUUGCUUUACGAGCGAGACUCGUUUGUGUGAUACUUUUGUUUGCAUUCGCUUAUUCCCCAUAGAUUGUUAGGUUAGUUUAGUCUUGUACCCUUUGUAUGACAACAUAGGUAGCAAGCUUUUCCCCUAGCUUCGGUUUUCCUCAUGCAUUCUUUAAAACGCAAACCAUACUCUUUGAUUUUCUUUUCUUAAGAGCUUGUUAUUUUCGCUCCAUUCCCAAGCGUAAGACUCCAAAGGUCGAGUAGAGGAGUGCGAAUGUAACUCGUUCUCCUAAAAAAGACAAAACAAACAUAAACUAGUUAGCCGAGCUACGGUACCUCUGAUUCCUCAAAAAGGAUACGUAAGCAGCAGGGUAGGGUCCGUGCGAGUAUAACUCUUUCUUUUCCCUAUAUUUUGCAUGCAUACUAGUUCAGUUUAGGUGUAGAUUUGUUACACACCCAUAGAUUAGGCCAUAAGCGUGGAUCCCAUCAAGUACGAUGGGCGUGAGGGGUGCUAACACCUUCCCCUCGCGUAACCGACUCCCUUACCCUCUUCUCUGGUCGUGAGACCAUUGUUUUAUUUUUGUGGUUUGCUGGCAUUCCUUUCCUUUUCAGGAUAAGUAUGUAAGUGGCGACUCUGUUGAUUUUCGCGGUAUCGACAACUGGUUGGGCUGCAAAAACAUGUUUGGUGAUUUUAAUUAAAAAAGAGAAGCUUCAAAAAUAGUUUUUGUGUGUGUGUUUGAUUUAUCUAUAACACUUCUACAAACACCCUUGUGUCUUUACAAUAUACUGACUACUCGGACAUGAUCAUGCGAGUUUCCACACUUCCUUUAUUUUACACUCUAAAGCUUCAAGUCCUUUUACCAAAUAUACCAAUCAUUUAAUCAUUUUACUUGUGUCUUAUGUUGGAUGAGACUCGAUAUAUCUUCAAGUUAACCAUCAUCAUCAGAAAGUUGUGAAUAUUUCACUGGUGAUUAUAAUCCUAAUUGCUUUACUUCCUACAUUAUUAUCAUUAUGACCACUUCAAGUGUUGUUACUACUUAAAGUGUUGUCAUCAUCAAAACCAUGACAUCAUCAAGGAUAAGCAUUUGCUUAUUGAGUCUUACUAUCCACGAGCUUCUUGAUUAUACCUGCAAGAAAAAAAUUCAACAACAACUGAGGGAUCUCUUGUUUGGUUUACCUCUAUUCCAAGUUAAGUGAAAUUUAUUUAUGAAAGACUGGACAAAUAAAGGGAAACACCUGUCUAUUUACAAUAAUAUUUUUUUCACCUUUACUCUUACUAAUAUUUCAUAAAACUUGUGUUACUCCCUUACUAGUAUUUCAUCUGAACCAUUUUUAAGCAUGGAUCCACAAGAACUUUCGACGCCUCUCCAUAUAGGCAUUGUAAGAACAAGCAUACACUCACAAAUGAGUUUUUGAUUCAUGGCAAACAUCACAAGCAACCAAAUACAAAAGCAUAAAUGAAUGACUCAAGACAAUGGAAGAUUAUGAAGCUCAAAUCACUCAGAAAAUGGUAUUGCAUCUGUUAGGUCGACCAAGCAAAGCCCUAGGUCGACUCAAAACUAGAGCAAACUCAGCAAAACUGACAAGGUCACUGUUAGGUCGACCUACCCACACUCCUAGGUCGACCUAAACUGAAGGGAUUUACAGAUGUCACUGUUAGGUCGACCUACCCACACUCCUAGGUCGACCUAAACUGAAGAAAAGUCACAAAAAUGCAUUUCAACUGACUUUAGGUCGACCUAAACCUUCAACAGGUCGACCUAACUGGAAACAACUGCAUUUAGGUCGACCUAAACCUUCAACAGGUCAACCUAACUGACUUUAGGUCGACCUAAACCCUCAGCAGGUCAACCUAACAGAUUUUAGGCCAACCUAACAGGUCAACCUAACUGGGACAACUUCAACUCUGCUUCUGUUAGGUCGACCUAAGCACUAAAGUAGGUCAACCUAAUUGCUGAAAACUUCCCAAAUUAUGUGUUUUCUCUGCUCCAACAUACCAGCAACUAUAUAUAUCAUUCCAUGUUAAUUAUUCAUUAACACCAACGACUGAAAGAUACACAAAUGCUUCUCAUCUUCGUUCUUCAUCAUCUCCAACACAAUUACACAUAAUCAUUCUUGCGUUGCGGGUUAGUGAUGAGUUUGAUAACGUCCAUGGAACGGAAUUGAAGAUUCCUAGUGGGUGAAGGUUUGUGGGGUUUGUUGGUGAAUAAAAUCUGCGGGUUUUGUCCUCCACGACGGGUGGUUCUUGGGGGUUUUUAUCAAGAGGCGUUCAUUGAGGAUUCGGCUGAGUGUAACGAUUGAGGAACGGGGAGUUCAAGGAAUCAAGACAAUGCAGAAGGGAAUCAAAAUGAAGCUCUUGGAUAACCUUGAUCUUGGUCAAGAUUAAAUGGGAAGAAGAUUCAAAGGAUCGACAUAAUUGGUUUAUCGUUUAUCGCUUUGUUAUCUUCUUUGUAUAUACUACUUUCAACAUUAAUGAAAGAUUACCCAAUUUUAAUUUGGAAUUGGGGGCAGACGUAGUCGUAGCGAGGACGGUCGACGAACUGCCUAAACAAAUAUCGUGUUCUUAUCGCUUUUAUCUUUUUCUUUUUAUUCUGCUCAUAAUUGGUAUAAUUGCUAAAUUGAUCAAUGAUUCAAGUGUUAAAAUUGUGAAUUAAAAGUUCUGCAUAAACAUCACAAUUCACCACAUCUUGAAUUAGCAUCAAUUUGAAUAUUGUCACCAAGUGUUUGUCUAUUUGCUCAAUCCACCUUACUGCAUUGUAAAUCAAAGUUUGUCAAUCUAGAAGUUAAUUGAUAUUCAGUUGUGACACGUAUUGAUUCGAUAGCAUAUCUCCUUAUCCGGAAUUUCGAAUAUCUUGUGGUUUUGUAACACAUAUAACCCUUUGCAAUAGCGGUCCGUAAUAGACGCAAGUCGAUUCAGAACCGCUUUCGCUAUAGUCUGUAAAAAUCUCGGAAAAACUGUGUUGGAUCUAUUCACCCCCCCCCUCUAGAUCCUUAGGCCAGCGUCUAACAAGUGGUAUCAGAGCUCUGGUUUAUUCCGUGCUACGUGAAACACUUAUUGGAAAGAUGGCUUCCGGACCUAAAGGGGCUCAUAAUAGAGCUCCAGUUUUCAACGGCGAAAACUACGGCUAUUGGAAGGAUUGUAUGUGUGUCCAUAUCAAUGCAAUUGAUAGGAACAUCUGGACAGCUAUUGUCAAUGGUCCAUUCCAGAUCACCAUGACAAAUGCAGCUGGUGCAGUUGUUCCAAAACCAGAAGAUACUUGGAAUGCUGAAGAUGAAAAGAAAUAUGCAUACGAUUGGAAAGCGAGAAACAUUCUAAUCUCAGCUCUAGGAGUUGAUGAAUACUAUCGCGUUUCCCAUUGUAAAUCAGCUAAAGCUAUGUGGGACACAUUGCAAGUUGCCCACGAGGGAACGGAUGAUGUCAAACUAGCUAGGAUCAAUACGCUAACUCAAGAGUUCGAACUUUUUCACAUGGAAGAUGGUGAAACCAUCGAAAGCAUGCAGAAAAGAUUCGUUCACCUGAAAAAUCGAUUAAAUUCUCUUGAUAGACCUGUUUCCAAUGCAGUUGCUACUAACAAAAUCUUAAGAUGUUUGAACAGGAAAUGGCAACCCAAAGUUACAGCAAUAAAGGAAGCAAAUGAUCUAAACACUUUAGAUAUCACAACUCUAUUUGGUAAACUAGAGGAACAUGAACAACACCUUAAAUGCCUUGACAUGCGUGAGAAAAGGACAAAGAAAGAAAAGAACAUGGAGAAAGAGGUAGAGAAGAAGUCAAUAGCUCUAAAAGCUUCGAGCUCCAAGACCUCAAAACGAGAGCCAAAGGAUAGUGACACAAGUGAUGACGAAGACUCCGAUGAUGAGGAAAUGGGACUGUUUGUGCGAAGAUACAACAAAUAUCUAAAGAAAAAUGGAGCAAAACAUUCCGACAAAGGCAAAAGAUCGUAUACUCCUUUAUAUAGUAAAUACACUUUUGUACCAAAAGUAUCAACUAGCAAAACUCCAUAUUCUCAUCAUAUUACCUGUCAUUAUUGUUGCAAAAAGGGACAUACCAUUGAAAAAUGCAAAUUUAGGAGAAUUUUAGUUCCUAAAGGAGUAUUUCAAUGGUUGCCUAAGUGCAACAAAUUGUGUACUCACUACCAAGGACCCAAUGAAAAUUGGGGACCUCCCUCUUUAAAUUAAUCUUGCAGGAAAAGUGUCUUGACAUUGCCGAAAGGUUGUGGUUCCUUGAUAGCGGAUGUUCAAGACACAUGACUGGAGACCUAUCUCUUUUCGUUGAGUUUCAAGCAAAGAAAAAGGGGUAUGUCACCUAUGGAGAUAACAAUCGGGGAGCCAUACUUGGUAAAGGAAGUGUAGGUAACCCUUCUACCACUACUAUAACUGAUGUGCUGCUAGUAGAAGGUCUUAAACAUAAUCUUUUAAGUAUAAGUCAAUUGUGUGACAAAGAUUUUAAAGUAAUGUUUACAAAUUCUGGCUGUACAAUAGAACAUACUAAGAAAAGAGACAUUAUGUUUAAGGGCUUAAGAGUAA